AUGUCGCUUUCUGGACGAGUUGGUCUCGUUACAGGCGGAAGGACAGGGAUAGGAUUUACCAUUGCUAAAGCCUUUGCUGCCAAUGGCGCGAAAGUAUAUAUUACUGGCAGAAGACUAGAAGUGCUGGAGAGAGCAGCCGCGUCUGUAACUGGCGUCUCAGGAUCCAUUGUCCCUCUUCAGAUGGAUGUGACAGAUGAAGAAAGCACCUUGGCUGGUGCUAAGCAUAUCGACGGAAUCGACGGAAAGCUUGAUAUUGUCGUCAACAACGCAGGAUUUGCCAGAUCUCUUCGUGACCCAGACUUUGCUGCAAAGAAGCUCGCAGCAGCGGAUCCACUUGAACCCGAGACAGUACAGAAUUGGAUUGAUAUCUUCGCGAUAAACACCAUCGCCCCGUUCUUUGUUGUCCGUGCCUUCCAAUCCCUCCUCAUCAAAGGAGCGCAUUCCCGACCUCAAGGCACGUCAAGCGUCAUCAACAUCAGCAGCGGAUCAGCAAAAAUGAACCUUUCGCCGACCAUUCUAUCCCUCGCAUACAGCUCGACGAAAGUCGCCUUGGAAAAGCUCUCCCUUGUUUUGGGAACGAGCUUUGCCGAGAGGAAUAUCCCGAUUCGGUUACUGAAGACCAAGCCGCCGCCUGGAUUGGCGGCGGCGGUGCCAGCAAGACGGCAUGGGACUGAAGCGGAGAUGGGGAUGACGGCGGUGUACUUGGCAGCGUCUGAUUAUACAAACGGAGCGAUAUUGAAUAUUGACGGUGGAAUGUCACUGGUGAACCCUUGA